ACAGUCGCCGGAAAACCGCCGAAGGUGAUGGAGUGCGAAGCGGAUAAAAGUUAGAAGUGACGUUGAAACGCAAGCAAAACAAAACUUGAGUGACGGUGUGCAGAAAAAGCGGUUUUACACUGGAAUUUAGUGCGUACCCAAAAGCAAGUGGGGAUUCAUGCUUGCAAUAACCACACACAUACAAACAUACGCGUGUAGUGUGAUAGUGCGAAACACAGAAAAGUUAAAAUAAAAAAAUAAAAAGUGGGAAAAUAGUAACAAAAAUACACAAAGUGCUUGCGCGCGUGUGUUUGUGUGUAAGUAAAUGCCGCUGACGAAAAAGGAAGCGGAAAAGAAAGCGGACGCCACAAAGCAGCGCUUUCGCCAACUGUAAGAAAGAAAGAAAGGAAAAAAAAUAUUUACAAAAAUUCAUGCAAACGAAUGUGCGAUUUUUUUUUGUGUGCAAAAAACCAGGGGAACAGGAUGAUUUCGAGGUAAAAAUUGUGCGAAAUAAAUGCAGUGCAAUUUUAGCAAAUAAGUUUUAAUCAGUGCAAGCACGAAGCAAAUAUCUAAUUUUUUAUAAAAAAAAAAUAAGUUUAAACCCAAAAAGUGCACAAAUGCAUUUUUAAAAUCAAAAUCUAUCGCCCAACAACAAGAAAAAAGGCAUUUAUAUCAAAAAUCAAACGGUCGGCUACGCGUCGGUUCUGUGAGUGCGUGUUCGUGUUCUAUCGUUUUUGUCGCGUGUGAAAUAUUUAUAAUAAAUAACAAAAAUAAAAAAUCGCUCAGUGUCGCUUUUGUCCAAAUAAAAUCGCAAUAUCAAUUAAUUUUUUGUUCGUUAAAUUUUUGGAGCGCGUGUGCUUUCUCAUCCCCGAUCGAAGUCCACAACGCGAGUGUGCUUAAAGUUCGCAAAAAUUGCGUAGCGUUCUCGGGCGCGUGCGCAAAUCACUUCGCGGACGUUUCGUACGCCGCCAAAAUGCAUCCGCCCACGGGCAAGCGAUGCCGGCAAAUUAGCGACGCCAACGAAACCAACAGCAACAACAACAACGGAGCUACAAUGAUGACGGAAAGUCGAAGGAGCAGCAAGAACAACACAGCGGCAAAUGCGGCGACAGCCACCACAACAACAGCAAAAGUUGCAACGAAAACAUUCGGCAAUCAUUGCCGUCAACUGAGUGUUUUGGUGUGCUUCGUCGCCAUUGUCGCCUUGAAUAAUUUCGGCUGUCUGCUGACAACAACAACGGCUGCCCAGCAACGGGAAAAUAUGCGAGUGCUGCCAUUGCCAGAAGUGAGUUUCGGUGCCCGCGACGGCAGCAGCGGGUCCGUCUCAGCAUUCAAUGUGCCAUGCCCCAGAGGAUUUUUUCGCUGCAACGAUGGCAAGUGCAUAACGUCGUUGUGGGUGUGCAAUUAUCAAAAGGAUUGCGAAGGCGGCGAAGAUGAGCAGCAAUCGUGUCCGCCACCUGAGUGUGAGGCGGGCCAAAUCAACUGCGGUCAAUAUGUCUUCAACAAGACCUACUGCAUACCGCCGCAUUUUCGUUGUGAUAUGACCGACGAUUGCGAGGACAAAUCGGACGAGUCGCAGUGCACUUACAGAAAAUGUCAAUCGAGCGAUGUAUUCUGCAAUGCACCCGGCGGUUUGGCACCCUCCGAUGGCAGUCGGCUCGCCGGCCCAUGUGUGCCGAAGGAGAAACGUUGCGAUGGCUAUCUGGAUUGUCGCAAUGGUCGUGACGAGGAGGGCUGCACCGGCAUCUCGUGUCGUUUGGAUCAGUUUCGCUGUGCCAAUGGGCAGAAGUGUAUUGAUGCUUCGCUCAAGUGUAAUCACAAAGACGAUUGCGGUGACAAAUCUGAUGAACAGGGCUGCAACUUUCCACCCUGCCAUCAUGGACAAUUUCGUUGCACGAAUGCCCUGUGCAUACCAUCGAACUUCUAUUGUGACGGAUAUCACGAUUGUGCGGACGAAAGUGAUGAGGCCAAUUGCACGGCAAUCGCAUGUCCUGAUAACAAGUUCCUUUGUCCGCGCGGUGGCCCAAAAGGCACGCCCAAGUGCAUAUUGAAAUCACAACUCUGUGAUGGCAAUCGUGAUUGCGAAGAUGGCAGUGAUGAGGAGACCGCUUGCUCUACCGCCUCGUGUCCCGCGCUCAGUUGCGAGUAUCGUUGUGGUCCUUCGCUGACAGGUGGCGCCUGCUACUGUCCGAAUGGUCAGUCCAUUGCCGCCGAUAACCGUACUUGCAUGGAUCGUGAUGAAUGCGCCGAAUGGGGUUAUUGCGAUCAGUUGUGUACGAACACCGAUGGCUCGUUUACUUGUCAGUGCACGCAAGGCUAUAGUUUGUUCAAUGGCACGAAGUGUAUUGUGCCAGACCCGAGAACUAUGCAGCUGAUCAUCGCACACGAUCGUGCUAUUGUGCGCAUGUCGGCGCAUGGUGGCGAUCCACGCGUACUGGCCAAUGCUACUGCGGCCUCCGGUGUGGCCUUCCACUAUCAGCGCAACACUUUGUAUUGGUCCGACAUUAAGACACGUAAGGUGCAAUCCAUACCACUGGAUGUGUUCAACGGUGCUAUCUCGCCGCUAGAUCUCACACUGCCCGGUACGUGGGCGCCCGUCGCGCUGGCCGUCGAUUGGGUGGGCGACAAGAUCUACGUGGCCGAUUUGAUUGGUCAAAAAAUUGACGUUUUCGAAUUGAGCGGUCAUUGGCAUGCCGUUGUGUUGGGCUCAAAUCUUACCAGUCCUGCCGAUUUGGCUUUGGAUCCCACAUCUGGUCUCAUGUUUGUCGCUGAUGGUGGUCAAGUUUUACGCGCACAUAUGGAUGGUACACAUGCACGUUCCAUUGUCUCCGAAGCUGCGUAUAAAGCCUCUGGUGUAACUGUAGAUAUUAUUGCUAAGCGCGUUUACUGGUGCGACUCACUGCUGGACUAUAUUGAAACUGUGAACUAUGAGGGUGAAAACCGCAUUAUGGUGCUGCGCGGACAACAAGUGCCGAGUCCAUCACGAUUGGCACUCUUUGAAAAUCGCAUCUACUGGACGGAUGCCACCAAGCAGGGCAUUAUGUCUGUAGACAAGUAUGCCGGACCCACAUCGAUACAGGUUACCUACAAGGCGAAGGAUAUACGCGAACCCAAAGGUAUUGUCGCUGUGCAUGCCUUAAGUCAGCCACGUGUUUCGAACCCUUGUGGCAACAACAAUGGCGGUUGUAAUCACAUGUGUAUUGUAACGGCUGUUAAAGGUGCACCCACCGGUUUGGGUUAUCGUUGCGCCUGUCAUACAGGUUACCAGUUGCAGACGGACUUGAAGAAUUGUAAAAUAGUGCGUGAGUUCUUGAUGUACUCACAACAGCGCUUCAUCAAAGGUAAAGUGCUGGAACCAGUUAUUGAGGGUUUCAGCGAUGCCAUACUGCCGGUGGUAUCGAGACGUGCACGCUUCGUGGGAUUGGAUUACGAUUCACGCGAUGAGUUUAUCUACUACUCAGAUGUGUUGCAGGAUGUCAUCUACCGUGUACAUCGUAAUGGCACCGGACGUGAAAUUGUGCUUGCUUCACAGAACGAAGGUGUUGAGGGCUUGGCAGUGGAUUGGGCUUCGAAAAAUCUCUACUACAUCGACUCACGUAAAGGCACGCUUAAUGUGCUCUCUACGCGUAACGUGACCUAUCGACGCACGCUGUUGAAGAACCUCAAACGUCCACGCGCCAUUGUUGUGCAUCCCAAUAGAGGUUUUAUCUUCUUCUCUGAGUGGGAUCGUCCCGCAAAUAUCACUCGUGCAAAUACUGACGGCACCAAUUUGCUUGUCUUCAAGAAUGUCACACUAGGCUGGCCCAAUGGUCUAUCGAUCGACUUCAAAGAGGAUCGCGUUUACUGGUGCGAUGCUUUGCUGGAUCAUGUACAACAUUCCAAUCUCGAUGGUACCGACAUUAAAACGGUUAACUCACGUUUGGUGCGUCAUCCAUUCUCGAUUGUCAUACACAACGAUUGGAUGUACAUCACUGACUGGCGUCUCGAUGCCAUCAUACGUCUGCACAAACUUACUGGCGAACAAGAGGAAAUGAUGGUCCGCGAACCGCAAACUAAUCGGCUGUAUGGCGUGAAAGUUUACAGCCACGAAGUGCAAACCAUAACCGAUAUACAUCCCUGUCAUGUAAAUAAUGGCGGUUGCGAGAAGAUUUGCUUUGCCAUACCAAGAAACGACUCCGUGUUGCCGUCCUUGCAGACGCGCUGCUCAUGUCCGUACGGUGAACGUUUGGCCGAAGAUCAACGCUCCUGUAUGGCCGACCCCAAUGCAGAACCACCGGUACAACCCUGUCCCAAUACUUGGGAUUUCACCUGUAACAACCAACGUUGUAUACCCAAAUCGUGGGUUUGCGACGGCGAUGACGAUUGCUUGGAUAACAGUGAUGAGGAGCAAAAUUGCACCAAACCCACCUGCGGCUCCAAUGAGUUCCAAUGCAAAUCAGGGCGUUGUAUACCACUCAACUUCCGUUGCGAUCAGGAGAACGACUGUGGCGACAACUCGGAUGAAUUCGAAUGCGGUAAUGUCACUUGUGGCACUGCACAAUUUGCCUGCGACAAUGGCCGCUGCAUACCGAACAUGUGGAAAUGUGAUAGCGAGAACGAUUGCGGCGAUGGCUCCGAUGAGGGUGACUUCUGUGCUGAGAAAACUUGCGCUUACUUCCAGUUUACGUGUCCGCGCACGGGUCACUGCAUACCCCAGAGUUGGGUUUGUGACGGCGAUGAUGAUUGCUUUGACAAACAGGAUGAGAAGGACUGUCCGCCGAUUACUUGUUUGGCAAAUCAAUUUAAAUGCGCCGAUCUACGACAGUGUGUUGAGGAAUCAUACAAAUGUGAUGGCAUACCAGAUUGUAAUGAUGGCAGUGAUGAGCUGGAUUGCCCGUCGAUGGGUCCCAAUCAGUGUAAUUUGGAAAAACACUUCCGUUGCAAGUCCUCUGGCUUCUGUAUACCAAUCGCUUGGCAUUGUGAUGGCUCCAACGACUGUUCCGAUCAGUCUGAUGAAGAGGAUUGUGGACAAAUUACCUGCGCACAGAACUUCUUCAAAUGUAACAACUCGAAUUGUGUCUUCAAAGCGUAUAUUUGUGAUGGCAAAGACGAUUGCGGCGAUGGUUCGGAUGAGAGCUCAUUGCAUGCCUGCGUACCGCCACCAUUCAAGUGUCCCUACGGUCAAUGGAAGUGUCCGGAUGUUAGCGAACGUUGUGUCAAUAUGACCUCAGUGUGUGAUGGUACACCCGAUUGUCCAAAUGGCGCGGAUGAAGGUGAAGGUUGUGAUUUGGCUGAGUGUACACAUCAAGGUGGUCUUUGCUCAAAUGGUUGUCAGAAGACACCCUUGGGCGCCACUUGUGUUUGUCCACCAGGCUCGGAGAUCGGUGAAGAUGGUUAUACAUGCGUCGAUAUGAAUGAAUGCGAUCCACCAGGACUUUGCUCACAACAAUGUACAAAUACCAAGGGCUCUUACUUCUGCUCAUGUACCGAUGGUUAUUUAUUGGAGACGAACAAGCACACUUGCAAGGCAGUCAAUCACUCAGCUGCAUUCCUAAUUAUAUCAAAUCGUCAUUCUAUACUCGUUGCGGAUUUGAAGGAGCAAGGUUUGGAGCGUGUGCCAAUAAUUGUAGAGAAUGUAGUGGCGACUGCCUCAAAUAUGCACACAGGCACAAUAUUCUGGAGUGAUAUGAAACUGAAGAAAAUCUCACGUUUAGAUCGUGGUCAAGAACCGCAAGAGAUCAUCAAUACCGGCUUGGAUUUGGUUGAAGGUUUGGCUUACGAUUGGGUUGCGCGAAAUCUCUACUGGUUGGACAGUAAAUUGAAUACGAUUGAAGUAUCUGCAGAAAAUGGCUCAAAUCGUUUGGUUUUGGUACGCGAAAAUAUAACACAACCACGUGGUAUGUGCCUCGAUCCAAGCCCCGAAGCGCGUUUCAUCUUCUGGACCGAUUGGGGUGAGAAUCCACGCAUCGAACGCGUCGGUAUGGAUGGUACAAUGCGUGAAACAAUUAUUAACACUAAAAUCUAUUGGCCUAACGGUCUGACUUUGGACAUUGCCACCAAACGUGUGUACUUCGCAGACUCUAAAUUGGAUUUCAUUGACUUCUGCUACUAUAACGGCACUGGUCGACAACAAGUUUUAGCCAACAGUCAUUACUUACUACAUCCACACUCGCUCUCACUCUUCGAAGACACACUUUACUGGACAGAUCGCCAACUGAAUCGUGUGCUAUCGGCCAACAAAUUCCGUGGCAAGAAUCAAACAGUUGUCUCGCAUCUAAUCAGUCAACCACUCUCCAUACACGUACACCAUCCUUCACUACAGCCCAUUCAUCCGAAUCCAUGUGAGAAAUCUAAUUGCCAACAUCUCUGCUUGCUGAGUCCAAGUGCAGAGGAGGGCUUCUCCUGCAAGUGUAAACCAGGUUUCCGUCUAAUGAGCGAGGGUCGUUGCGUCGAAGAAGAGAAUCCAUUCUUGGUUGUUGUAAAGGGCACACAAAUUGUCGAUAUACCAUUGAAUGGCGGUGAUGCACGCGCUGGCUCGCUCGCACCGGUUAUUGGCAUUGAAAGUAGCACUGGCUUGGACUUCGAUCGCAAAGGUGAAACGCUAUAUUGGGUGCAAGGACGCGAAGGUGACGAUGAAAAUUGCACGAUAUUCUCCACACCUUACGGUGGUGGCAACAAGACACAAUUCCUUGGCGCCGAUACGGGCAUUGUCGGUUCCCCCUACACCAUCGCCUUCGACUGGCUGGGCCGCAAUCUGUAUAUGGGCAACCGCAUUGCCAGCAAUAUUGAGGCGGUGCGCGUGGAUGGUAAAAUCAAGUAUCGCACGAUCAUCCUCGCCAACGACGGCAAUCAAACAUCCGUUUCGAAACCCAAACAAAUGGUGCUAGAUCCCAACGAUGGCAAACUCUUCUGGAUCGAUGAGGGUGGUUAUGGUGUACCUGUGAAGAUUGGGCGUGUCAAUAUGAACGGCAAUAAUCCCAUGGUGCUGAAAUCGGAAAUCGACCAACCCGAGAGUAUUGCUUUGGAUAUCGAAAAGAAAUUGGUUUACUAUAGUACACAAUAUCCACCGACUAUCUGUGUCAUGGACUAUCACGGCGAGGACCAUCGUGUAUUGCUAUCAGAAGAGAAUGCGAUUUCGCGUCCAAGAAGCUUGGGAAUUUUAGAUUCAAGACUGUACUAUCUCGAUCCAAUUUAUGAGAAGAUCGUACGCAUUGACUUGCCACGUGGCGAUAAUCCCAAAGUAAUUGUGGACAACGAACCUGAUCUGCGUAGCAUGAUCAUCUUCAAAAAGCGUCCCAUGAUGCAACAUCCUUGCCAAAUGAAUAACGGUGGCUGUGAGCAUCUCUGCAUACCGGAUGAUGUUUCGUCGCGCACCUGUGCCUGCGGCGUAGGCUAUCGCAAGGAUAACGAUAUUAACUGUGUGGCAUAUAAGACCUUUGCCGUCGUGUCACAACUUGACGUGACUCGUGGCUAUAGUUUGAGCGACAGCUCUGAGGCGAUGGUACCAAUUAGUGGACCUGGUCAUCACAUCUUACACGUUGAUGUGCUCUUCCGCGAACAAUGGAUCUACUGGGCCGAAUACAACCGCGGCACAUGGAAUGGCAUUUUCCGACGUCGUCCAAAUGGCACCGAACUUCAACAUAUCGUUAAGGAUGGCAUUGGUAGCAACGGCAUCCGUGGUCUGACCAUUGAUUGGGUCGCUGGCAAUAUGUACUUCACAAAUAUUUAUCCACAUGAGAAUUAUGUCGAAGUCUGUUGGUUGGAUGGCAGCAAUCGCAAAGUGCUGGUGAAGACGACAACUGAUGCACCGCGUGAACUCGCUGUAAAUCCAAUCAAACGUCUACUCUACUGGAUUGAUUAUGGUCAACACCCACGCAUUGGUAAGGCAUUCUUAGACGGCUCUCACUGGACGCCUUUGGUAACAUCCGGUAUAUCGAAUCCACGUGAUUUGACAAUCGAUAUGUUGACACAUGAUGUCUAUUGGGUGGACUCAAAAUUGGAUACCAUUCAAAAGAUUUCCUUCUCCGGUGGCAAUCGUAAGGUCAUCCGUCGCAAUUUAGCCAAUCCAAUGGGUAUAGCUAUUCAUCUCGGCGAUGUUUACUGGGUGGAUCGUAAUUUGAACUCCGUAUAUAAGGCCUCCAAAUUAUCAGGUAACGAAUCGGCACCGGUACGUGUGCGCACUAAUUUACAAAAGUUGCGUGACAUCGCCAUUUAUAAUAUCAACAAUCAGCCACAGGAUGAGGGCAAUCCGUGUGCACGUCUCGGUAAUGGCGGUUGCGAUCAACUUUGUUUCAGUUUUCCACCUGAUCAAACGACAACUUCCCGCGCACAUUACCGUUGCGAUUGUGCCACCGGUAAACUUGCAGAUGACGAACGCAAAUGUGAGGUGGUCAAUGAGUAUCUCGUUUUCGCAACACGCACUGAAAUACGCGCCGUCAACUUAGAUCCACACUCCACACAAGUGCCAUUUACACCAAUGAGCAAUCUCACCAAUGUGGUCGGUCUCGACUUUGACUUUGCAGACAAUCACAUGUUGUUCACACAAAUCCGUCCAUGGGCCAAGAUUGCCUACACCAAGGCUAACAAUCCGAACAGCAAUGAUGUUAAUGUGGUGCUGAGCAGAGGCAUUAAUCCGGAGGGUAUCGCCUACGAUUGGACACAGAAGAAGAUCUACUGGACUGACAGCUCGAAUAACUCAAUUUAUGCCAUGAACUUGGAUGGCACAGAUUUGGUAAUGAUAACGCGUGUGGAACGACCACGUGCUAUCGUGCUAGAUCCAUGCAAUGGCACACUAUACUUUACCGAUUGGGGUCGUUUCGGUACGUCGGGCAAAAUCUUCCGCACCACGAUGGCUGGCUCCUUGAAACGCGCCAUUGUUGACAAAGAACUCUCACAACCCAGUGGCCUUGCAAUUGAUUAUGACGAACGUAAACUUUAUUGGACCGACGCCGUGCGCGAGAAGAUCGAACGCUCCGAUUUGGAUGGCAAGAACCGUGAACUGCUCGUGGAUGCCACAAUAUAUCCUUUCGCCAUAACCGUGUUCCGAAAUUAUAUCUAUUGGACAGAUUUACAGUUACGUGGCGUAUAUCGUGCUGAGAAGCAUACUGGCGCCAAUGUCGUAGAGAUGGUGAAACGUUUGGAGGACUCACCACGUGAUAUACGUGUCUAUAGCGCUGAACGACAGAAAUGUUCAGUUAAUCCAUGUCUUAUCAAGAAUGGUGGCUGCGCGCAAAGCUGUCAUCCGGCACCGAAUGACAAGGCAGAAUGCAAGUGUGACGGCCACUCAAAGGUGGUCAACGAGGGACGCAUGUGUGCGCCACGCAACAACACUUGCGAGGCAAGCAAAUUCUAUUGCCAGAAUGGCAAGUGUAUCUCGCGUAUGUGGUCUUGCGAUGGUGAUGACGAUUGUGGCGACAACUCAGAUGAGGAUCCAAAUUACUGCGCCUAUCAUUCGUGCUCACCCACUGAAUUCCGUUGCAACAAUGGACGUUGUAUCUUCAAGUCGUGGAAGUGCGAUCAUGAGAACGACUGCAAGGAUGGCUCAGAUGAGAUCGACUGUACUUAUCCGCCUUGUGUUGAUGGCGAAUUCACUUGCGGUAAUGGUCGGUGCAUACCAAUGACACAAGUUUGUAAUGGCGUCAACGAUUGCAAAGACAAUACCACUUCAGACGAAACACACGAACGUUGUCCGCAAAAUACGACUUGUCCACCGAAUCAUCUUAAAUGCGAAAAGACCAAUAUCUGUGUGGAACCAUACUGGCUUUGUGAUGGCGACAACGAUUGCGGUGAUAACUCCGAUGAGGAUCCACUACACUGCGGUCAACGCACUUGCCCAACCAACAGCUUCCGUUGCCCCAACCACCGCUGCAUACCGGCCACUUGGUAUUGUGAUGGCGAUGAUGAUUGCGGUGAUGGUGCCGAUGAACCACCAGAGUAUUGCAAAUCCGAGGGACGCACUUGCUUCGGUGAUCUCUUCACCUGCGACAAUGGUAACUGCAUACCGAGAAUAUACAUUUGCGAUGGUGAUAACGAUUGCCUGGAUAACAGUGAUGAGGACAGCAGACACCAAUGCAAUGACCGCAAAUGUGAUGAAGAAACAGAAUUCACUUGUCUGGAGAAUAAAGCCUGGGGACGUGCUCAAUGCAUACCGAAGAAAUGGAUAUGUGACGGCGAUCCGGAUUGUGUGGAUGGCGCGGAUGAAAAUACAACACUGCAUUUCUGCGCGACACAACAACCUUGCGGCGAGGACAUGUUCACUUGCGAUAACGGCCGUUGCAUCAAUAAGGGCUGGACUUGUGAUCAUGACAAUGACUGCGGCGAUGGCUCUGAUGAGGGAAAAUUCUGCAGUUCCAAAUACAAGAGUUGCUCCGAACAAGAAUUCACAUGUCAGAACUUUAAAUGCAUACGCAAUCAGUAUCGUUGCGAUGGCGAAGACGACUGUGGCGAUCACUCUGAUGAAGUGGGCUGCAAGAAGGAGAACACAACAUGUCCGAACGGUCAAUUCACCUGCACGAAUGGACAAUGUAUUGACUAUCAUUUAGUGUGUAACAAAGUGCCCGACUGCAGCGAUGAAUCGGAUGAGCCGGCGCAUUGCAAUGUGGACGAGUGCGCGAAGGUGGAGAUACACCAGUGCGGACACAAGUGUGUGGACACGCUGACUGGCUACUACUGUGACUGCAACCAAGGUUACAAACUCAUGCCCGACGGCAAGGCUUGCGCUGAUAUCGAUGAAUGUCUGGAGUUACCUGGUGCUUGCUCACAACACUGUUCGAACACACCUGGCGGCUAUUACUGCAAAUGCGACGAACGCUACUACGAACGUCAAACGGACGAGCAUACGUGCAAACGUAAGGACACCGAAACACCUUGGCUGGUCUUCACCAACAAAUAUUAUGUACGCAAUAUGUCGCUCGAUGGCAAGCAGUAUAAUCUCAUGCAUCAAGAUUUGAUGAAUGUCGUUGCUUUGGACUUUGAUAUACAAGAGCAAUAUAUGUAUUUCUGCGAUGUGACCGCCAAAACUAUCUUCCGUUCCAAGUAUGGGCUUGAUGAUGAUGAAAAACCCGAGCGUGAAGCUAUAAUACGUCACGACUCGCACGGCUUGGAGGGCAUUGCUGUCGAUUGGGUGGGACGUAAACUCUAUUGGCUGGACAGACAUUCGAAGAAUUUGGACGUCUCGGAAUUGGAUGGCACAAAACGUAAGACAUUACGCAGUGGCGUGAUCGAUCCACGCGCGCUUGUCGUGCAUCCCGGUAUUGGUUAUCUAUAUUUCACAUCGUGGCACUUGCAAGCUUACAUUGCUAAAAUGGGCAUGGAUGGCUCGAACUUUACGCGCAUACUCACCUGGGACGACGAUAUUGCUUGGCCAAACGCUUUGACGCUCGAUUACUUCACUGAUCGUAUUUACUGGGCUGACGCUCAUUUGGACUACGUUGCCUACACGGAUUUGGAAGGUCGCCAUCGUCAUGUCGUGUUAUCGGGCGUAAAGGUGCCACACAUUUUCGCGCUAUCACUUUUCGAUGACUAUCUCUACUGGACCGAUUGGAAUUUGAAGGGCAUCAUGCGCGCCAAUAAAUUUACUGGUCAAAAUUACACCGUGCUACGCAAUACGACACACCGUCCAUACGACAUACAUAUCAAUCAUCCGCUGCGUCAAUUACCUUACACAAAUCCUUGUGGCAAGGAUAAUGGCGGCUGCUCACAUCUAUGUCUGAUUGCACCACCACCAGAGUCCACCUACUUUAAUAUUGAGGGCUACAUCGAGGAGGGCGCGCCGAGCUACAAGUGCGCCUGUCCCAAUCAAUUCUAUUUGGCACGCGACAGUAAAACUUGCAUAGCCAACUGUACCGCCGGUCAGCACCGCUGUGGCGGCAACGAUGAGAAAUGCAUACCCUGGUUCUGGAAGUGUGACGGUGAAAAGGAUUGUAAGGAUGGUUCCGAUGAGCCCACAACUUGUCCGACACGUCACUGCCGCGCUGGCACAUUCCAGUGUAAGAAUACGAAUUGCACACCCUCGGCGACGAUCUGUGAUGGCACUGACGAUUGUGGCGAUGGUAGUGAUGAACAAAACUGCGAUCUACCCUGCCCCGAAUCGGACUUCAAAUGUAAGUCGAGCGGACGUUGCAUACUGGACAGCUGGCGUUGUGAUGGCGAUGCUGACUGUAAGGAUGGCAGCGACGAGGAUCCGGCUGUGUGUCACAAACGCGCUUGCGAUCCGGAAACGGAGUUCAGUUGCAAGAACGGCCGCUGCAUACCGAAACUGUGGAUGUGUGACUUUGACAAUGAUUGCGGUGAUGACUCCGAUGAGCCGGCGUAUAUGUGCCGUCAACGUAACUGCACCACGGGCUGGCAACGCUGUCCUGGUCAAUCCAACUAUCGCUGCAUACCAAAAUGGCUCUUCUGCGACGGCAAAGACGAUUGUCGCGACAAUAGCGACGAGCUGCCAGAGAACUGUCCAAAAUGCUCCAGCGAGACCGACUUCAAGUGCGCCAACAAUCGCUGCAUACCAAAACAAUGGAUGUGCGACUUCUCGGACGAUUGCGGUGAUGGUAGUGAUGAGAAUGACGCCAUUUGCAAGGGUAAAUAUCGCGAAUGCUCCGAGUCGGAAUUCCACUGCGCCAAUGGCAAGUGUAUCUCGUCACGUUGGCAGUGCGAUCAUGAGGACGAUUGUGGCGACAACUCGGAUGAGAUGAACUGUGAGGGCUAUAAAUGCAAGAAUGGCACAUUCCAGUGUAUGUCUGGUCACUGUAUUGCCUCGUACUUCCGUUGCGAUGGCGAUCGUGAUUGUCGCGAUAUGUCUGACGAAAUUGACUGUCCACCACGCUUCCCCGGCGGCCGUUACUGUCCCGAAUCGCGCUUCCAGUGUAAUAACAAUCUUUGUGUUUCACCCUCGGAUCUCUGCGAUGGCACUGACGAUUGCGGUGAUGGCUCUGAUGAGGAUGUUAAGGUUUGCACCGAUUUCAACUGCGACACGCUGCGUCGCUUCCAGUGCGCUAAUCACCGUUGUGUGGCGCGUUAUCAGAUUUGUGAUGGCAUCGAUAAUUGUGGUGAUGGCUCGGACGAAAAUAAUAUGACUCUGUGCGCCAACAAACAGAAGCCAUGUGACCUAUAUACACAAUACCAAUGUGCCAAUAAGAAUUGUGUGGAGCGCGCGCAAGUUUGUGAUUACUCGGAUGAUUGUGGUGAUGCUUCCGAUGAGUUGGGUUGUCACCACACGAACACAUGCUCGGAGUUGACGCGAGGCGGUUGCGAACACCACUGCCACAAUCUGACCGAUGGUGGCUACAUUUGCGCCUGCUAUCCGGGCUAUAUAAUAUCGGCGGAAAAUAAGAAGCGCUGCUUGGACGUGGAUGAGUGUGUCACACGACAACAUACCUGCUCUCACAAAUGUCAGAAUCUCAAUGGCACUUACUCGUGCUCAUGUCGCGAAGGUUUCCGCUUGGUUGACAGUCAAUCCGGUGUUUGUCGUGCUGAGAAAGAAGAUAUUGUGUUGGUAUUUGCUAACGGACCAGAAAUACGUGCCCUGGAUCUGCAGAAACGUGAAGAAUUUGAUGUGAUUGCGGCGGAGAAACGUAUUGAAGCUUUGGAUUAUGACGCACAACAGCAGAUCGUCUUCUGGGCUGACAGCUACGACAAGACAAUCAAACGUUCGUACAUGGUGAAUGCUCUGGAUGGACAGGCAAAGAUCGGUUUCGCACAAGAUCUCAAUAUGAAGGGUGGCUCCAAACCAACAGCUGUUGCCGUCGACUGGCUGGCAUCUAAUCUUUACUGGACUGAGGUGGACCGCACCGGCUCGAAACCACGUGGACGCGUUAUGGUUGCUAAAACAGAUGGCCGCUACAGACGUUCGAUAGUUAAUGCCGGCCUUGAGGUGCCAACUUCCAUUGUGGUGAAUCCACAAUUGGGACGUAUCUAUUGGGCUGAUGCUGGUUCUGCGCCAAAGAUUGAGGUUUCUUGGAUGGAUGGCUCGAAACGCCGUCCGCUCAUGACCGACCGCAUACGUCAUCCAACUGGUCUGACUAUCGACUACUCCCAAGACCACACAAUUUACUGGGUGGACACCAAAUUAAACACUAUCGAAUCAAUGCGCCCCGAUGGCUCGUACCGUAAGUUAAUAGUGAAGGGCGAUCAGCUACGUCAUCCCAUCUCUUUGGAUGUAUUCGAAUCCACGAUAUAUUGGGUGACACGUGACUCCGGCGAAGUGAUACGUCAGGACAAAUUCGGUCGUGGCGUACAAGUUACCGUUCACCGUAAUCUCGUCAAUCCGUCCGGCAUUAAGGUCUACCACGAGCAACGUUACAACACCUCAUUACGCAAUCCAUGUUACGAUUCAAGUUGCUCACAUUUGUGCUUGCUCGUACCUGGCGGUCAUCGUUGCGCUUGUCCAGACAACUCCGGUCCAUUGCCCUCGCAUCGCAGCACUGCCGAAGUGAUCUGUGACGCUGCAGCUGAGCGGCCGCGUCCAUCGCCGCGCAUUUGCCCGUGCCAGAAUGGCGGUCUAUGCCGCGAAGAUGAACGCGGUGAUUUGUACUGCGAAUGCCAGCCCGACUUCAAGGGUGAGCAUUGCGAUCGCAGCAUGGCGGGCGCAUUCGGCCACGGCGGCGCAAAUGUAACGGCUGUUGUGGUGCCGAUAAUGGUGAUAUUGUUGGUAUUGCUGACGGCGGGCGGUGCGUGGUACGUCAUACGGAAGAAGCCAUUAGUCUUCUCCACUUUCAGUGGCAAAUUGGCGCGUUUGCCCACAUUAACGUCGUCGCAAAGUGUCACCUUCCGCCAUGGCACGAAUGUUGAAUUCAACGCUCCAGAUUUUCCAGGUGGCGCCUCGGCGGGUCCGUCCAACGAUGUAGCUCCCAUUGAGGGCUAUAAUCUACAGACUGUGAAUACGGCCAAAACGCGCGACUUCUCGAAUCCGAUGUACGAUGCCGUGCAGUCCGGCACAAACACAGAUCCGAGCCUGAGUAAUGGAACAGGUAUUUACGAAGUGCCACAUGAUCCCUCCAAAACCAAAACGGUUGGUCCAUUCACCGAACCCGUCUCGGCCAUAUUAGCGCCCAGCAGCAUAACACACAAAUCAUCACCGCAAUUACAGUUGCGUACCAGAGAGCUGGAUCCGUCGGCGGACACCGGCAAGGAUACGCAAUAUCUUGUUGAAGAGGAUAAGUCUGAAUGCUGAUAUAAAAUUAUAUAGAACGAAAUGAAACAACAACAACAACAACAACUAAAACAACAGCAACAGCUAGAAAAACAACAACAAUAUCACCAGCACCACCAACAACAACAAAAACACCAACACUACAUAUGUAGAAACAACAACAACAAUCACAAAACAAAUGUAACAAGUACAUAUUCAAAUUACUGUAUACAAACAACAACAAAAACAAAAACGCGAGCGAAAUGCAAAAGAAAACAACAACACGCCGAAAUCUACACAACGCUUUAGAAGCAAACUCAAAACGCACGCCAACUGCGCUUGUAAAUUGUAAAGAAAUCAUAGCAAUUAUAUGUAUGUAACUGUAAAUUUAGCUAUUAGCCGAAAACAUGAAAGUGAAACACAAAGAAGAAGAAGCAUGCAUAUUAUAUACAUAUUUGUAACUAGCGAAAGACGAAGCGAAUUUUUUCGAAAUUUUUUAAACGCCGCUUGCUUACAAAACACAACCAUACAACAACAACAAAAACUGCUUUUUAAGAAUUUACAACGUGACACGCGUUCGUGUGGUGGACAAAUUGAAGAAAAUAAUUGGAAAAAAAUGAAAAAUGUGAAACACCGUUAGCUAAACAUAUCCUUUUUCGUGCGAAUUGCGCCAUAUAAUACAAAUUUAUCUGUAUGUAUGUAUGUGUGUAUGCACUAUAAACAGCUAAAGCUGCUGGCGAAAGCUUUGUGAAAGCUUUAUGAAAGCGAUGUAUGUACGCAGUGGAGAAAGUAGAACAAGUGACGAGCGAUUACUACUGAUGCAAUUAUUAAAUAUUAAGUUAAAUUAUAAAAAACAACAAAAACAAAAAAAAAACAUCAACAAGAAAAGCAAAACAAAAGAUGUAUGUAUAUGUAAAAAUGCAGGGCAAAUACCAUAUACAUGUGUUUAAGUACAUAUGUAUGUAUGUGUAUGUAUGUAUUUGCGUGAGAAAAACUUAAAACUUGUUUAGUACACUUGUUAGGCCACAAUGUUUUUCGUUUUUGAACACAUAGCCACACACACACAGACACAAUAUAUUCCAAAGUAAACAUUUUCUGAUACAUAUGUACAUAAAUUUAUAUAUAUAUGUAUCUUAAACACACAGUUCUUUUACUACACUGAAAAGUGAAUUCAAACAACAACAACACAUCACAUUUUGCUUAGUGUUGAGGAUAUCUUAUACAAAUAUACUUAUAUAUAAAAAAAAAUAUAUAUAUACAACUACAUUUAAACGAGUAUAUAUUUUUCUGAUUGCUAAAUGACAAUAUUACUACAAAAACAAAAACAAAAACAAAUAUAUACUACGAAAAAUACAUUUCAAAAGUAAAUGAAAAAUGAAAAAAGCUAAUUUGUAUCUAAAAUAAAAUAAAAAAAACGAAACAACAACAUAAUACUAGCUAAAGUGUAAUGCAAAUGAAAACAAAAAUUAAAAAAACAAAAUAAUUAAUUUAAUUUUUAAAAAAUUUGCAUAAAUGUAUAUGCGCGUAGUAGUAUAUAUAUAAAUGUGCAAUGAGAGUGUUUAAAGUAUAUUUCCAUAUAUAUUUUUCUAUAUUAGGCAGGUGAAGCAAAAGCAAAAACAAAAAGUAAAAUAAAUAAAUAUUAAAAAUUAAGUAAAAUAAAGCGAAAAAUAGCAACAAAAAUAGUGAAAAUGUAAAAGUAACAAAUGAAACGCGAAAAUAAGCAAAGCAAUCUAUAAAAAAAAUUAAAGAAAAGAGAAAAAACUUUUUAUAUACAUACAUAUUUUAAAAUGUUUUAGAUUAGGGCAAAUGAGUAAAUAAUUAAAAACAUAAAAGAAUUUAACUAAAAACUCAACUGCAAGCAGCGAAAACCCGGCAACACCACACACAUUUUACUAUGUUGUUACUAAAAAAUGUUUUAUAUAAAAAAGAGCAACAGCGCAGUAGAGCGGAAAAAACAUGCAACCUUAUUAAUUAACUAUUAUUAAUAUUGAUAAAUAUAUUUUUAUGUAUAUGUAUGUACGUUAUAUACUUUUUUAUUAUUAUUACUAUUAUUAUUAUUUACAUAUUAUUCACACGAUGAAAAACAAGUUGGCAUAGAUAAGAGAAGAGCGAAAAAAAAGUUAAAAAAAAGCUUAAAGUAAA